CAGCAAGAUUGGAGAAAUUAAACAGGAAUGGCAGAAGAGAUGCCCUUGAUUGCCUUAGCCGUUAUUACUUUGGUUUCUGUGUUUUUUCUUUUCAAGUUUCUCAAGAAAGGAUCAAAUGGAUCCAAAAAUCUCCCAAGAGGCUCUCUGGGUUGGCCUCUGAUUGGCGAGACACUCAGCUUCCUUCAGGCCCAGAAGGAAGAUCGCGGCCAUGAAUGGAUCAGCGAGAGGGUGUCGAAAUAUGGUAAAAUAUUCAAAACCUCUCUAAUGGGUGCCCAAACCGUGAUUAUCGUCGGCCAAGCGGGUAACAAGUUCAUACUUGGCUCUGAUGAUGAAGUUCUUGCUGCCAAACAACCCUGGACGGCGUCCACCAUUGUAGGAAAAAACAACGUCAUGGAGCUCACCGGGCGAAGAUACAGAUUAAUAAAAGGAGCAAUGGUAAGCUUCUUGAAGCCAGAAAACCUGCAGAACUACGUCAAACAGAUGGACGAUGCGGUCACCAGUCUAUUACUAAGGGAAACAGAAGAGGAAGACACCAUAAAAACUGUUGUUUUCAUGAAGAAGCUCACUUAUAACAUUGCUUGUAACAUCCUCUUCGGCAUUCGGGAUGAGCACACAAAGCAAAUUUUUUCCGAUGAUUUUAUGCUAGCUCUGAAAGGAGUCUGGUCUCUUCCUGUGAAUUUCCCAGGCACCCUUUACUGGAAAGGGAUGCGAGCCAGAGAAAGGAUCGUGAGCCAGCUUCUGCCCAUUCUGGAGAAGAGAAAGGAGGAUCUUUCAAAGGGGGUUUUAAGUCCGACGGACGACUUAAUUUCAUGCUUGGUGGCGUUAAGAGACGAAAAUGGAGAAGCCAUUAAAGAAGAGGAAGUUGUCGAUAAUAUUAUUGCCAUGAUGAUUGCCAGCCACGACACUUCUGCCAUUCUUCUGAGCUUGAUGGUGUGGAAAAUGUCUCGAGACAAGCAAACAUACAAUCAAAUCCUAGAGGAACAAAUGGACAUAGUGAGGAACAGAAACGGGGCAGAAGAUCAAAAGCUAACAUGGGUUGACAUACAAAUGAUGAAGCACACGUGGCGAGUUGCCCAGGAGUUGAUGAGGAUGAUACCGCCUGUGUUUGGUACCUUUAGAAAAGCACUCAAAGACACUAACUUUGACGGCUAUGACAUCCCUAAAGGAUGGCAGUUGUUAUGGGUGGCCUGUGAAACUCACAUGGACAAGGAUAUCUUUGGGAAUCCACAAGAGUUUGAUCCAAAUCGUUUCAACAAGCCGUCUAAACCGAUACCUCCCUACACUUACGUCCCAUUCGGAGGAGGGAUGCAUACCUGCAUAGGAAACGAGUUUGCAAGGGUUGAAACCCUGACCACCAUCCAUAGGCUGGUUACCAUGUUCGAGUGGUCUCAGAUUUAUCCCGACGAAGGCUUCACUCGUCAGCCAAUGCCUUAUCCGGCGAUGGGUCUUCCGAUCAAGGUCCGCCCAAGAUCUACUCCAUUGUUAUGAAUAUGGUUUCUGACGUCGUCAGUCGAACGGUCGCACCUCGGCAUAUAUAUUGGCUUCUAUUACAGUCGACUAGUUAUUGCGCAUUGAUGGAAUCCAAAGUUAACUAAUUACUCAUCAAUUAAGUGUGCUUAUGAAGAUUUCGAGAUAUAUAUUAAUUUGUUAACGCUAUGUCUGGAUUUUGUCCUUCCGAGGAGAUGAAUGAAUUAUGAGAGAAUGGCCGGCAGUGAGCUUUGAAGAAAGAAGGUUUUUCUUAUUAAAUUACGGAAAGGAAAGAACAAAGAAAGGGGUACAAGAAGGAAGAUAUCAUGCUCCCGAAUACAGGCAAAUUAAAUGU